AUGAAAUCUUUGACAACAAUCAAGAAGAACAAGAAUGUGUUGAGGCGAUUGUUGGGCAGAGAGACACUGGGCAAGGCCAGCACCUCAUUCUCCAAUGCGAGCAUAACAAACAAAUUUCAAAACUUUUGCCUCAGAGAUUCUUUUGACACCCAUGACCCCAAAGCGUCUGAACUCCGACUCUCCUUUCUCAAGAAGAGGUCCAAGAUCAUAGAAAUCGUCGCAGCGAAGGAUGUCAUCUUUGCCCUCACAGCCGCAGGGACGUGUGUAGCCUUUAAGAGGAGCUGCAAGCAGCAAAACCAUCGCCUCUGCUUCCUCAACACUUCUCCCUUCGAAGUCAUCCGCAGCUUGUUCUACAACAAGACCAACAACUCCAUCAUCACCGUCUCCGUGUACAAGGGCGACAACUUCUCCUCCUUGGUAUGCCGAUCGACGUCUGUGGAGUACAUCAAGCGGGGAGAACCCUCGGCUGGCUUCCAGCUGUUCGAGAGCGAGUCGCUCAAGUACCCUGGGUUUGUGGAGUUUGACGAUGUCAACGGGAAGGUGCUGACGUUUUCAGCUUCGGAGAAAGUCUACAAGAUCUGGGACCUGAAGAACUACCAGCCUCUCUACUCCAUCACCGACGAGCUUGUCCACGAGAUCAAGAUCAGCCCAGGCAUCAUGCUUCUCAUCUACCAGAAGUCGGCGGACGGCGGGCACGUUCCCCUCAAGGUCAUUGACAUCGAGAACGGCAGCGUCCUGCAGUCCCUCAAGCAGCCUCUCCAUCGCACGCGCAAGAUUGACUUCAUCGAGCAGUUCAACGAGAAGCUGCUGAUCAAGCAGGAGGGAGAGCCGCUGCAGAUCGUCGACAUCAGGAAUGGAGAGCGACUAGAAAUCCCUGCGACCAAGUUCCUCACGCCCUCCGCCUUCAUCUUCCUGUACGAGGUUCAGCUCUUCCUCGCCUUCAGACACAGGCAUAUCGCUGUGUGGAACUUCCGGGGAGAGAUGGUCACACAGUUUGAAGACCACACGCUGUGGAACACGGACUGCAACACGAACAACAUCUACAUCACGAGCCAUCAGGCGAGCAAGCGUGACCUUAUCAUCUCUUACUGCAAGCCAACGAGGUGCUCGGACACAGACUACAACCCUGCACAAGGAUGUAUCCAUGUGUCGAACAUCGUUGACGGCCGAUCUCUGGCUAGAAUCCAGCCUGGCAUUGGCCUGCAACAACAACAACAACAACAACAACUAGCACUCAACGACGUCACCUCGCUUUUCUACAACGAGGAGUACAACGAGAUCUACACGGGCAACAAAGAUGGACACCUGCAUGUCUGGAGCAACUGA